CAUAAUGCAGCCGCUGGCGCGCGGCGUGCAGAGCUUCUGGCACCAGCAGUGGACGUACGUCAACAGCAGAGCGCUGAGGGCCGCCUUCAAUCCGUGCAAUGCGGUAGAAGAACCUCCGGCAGAUGCACAAUUCUCGUUCUGGGAGAGGUUGCCGGGGAGGAGUUGUAAGGGAUUGGUGCAUUGGGGCAUUGCUCUUUAGGCGCACUACAUAUCAUAUUCUAGUUUCCAAUUGCACAGGGGGGUUUGAUGUCCACACUUGCCCACGAUUGCAGCUUGAUCACCCUUUGAAAGGUUCCUUGAAGAUAGGCAUUGUGUAGAGCCUGCCUAGCAAUGGCGCCCAAGCGCGCUCCCGUUCAAGAUGCUCCGCCAGUCUCUGCCACCACCUCGCCCCUAUUGCCUUUUGACAUGGGCGCUCUUCUCCCCCAGCAACUUCGGCUAAGCACAAAGCAGCAAGAGCUGCUCUUACGCCUGGGAGUGCUAGCAAUGAUCUACCUUCUCGCCUUCAGCGUGCGCCUAUUUAGCGUCCUCCGCUUUGAGUCCGUCAUCCAUGAGUUUGACCCCUACUUCAACUACCGCGUCACGCAAGUCCUGGUCGAGAAGGGUUUCUACGAAUUUUGGAACUGGUUUGAUCACGAGAGCUGGUACCCGCUCGGGCGCAUCGUGGGGGGGACGCUAUACCCAGGACUUAUGGUUACUGCCGGCGGGUUAUACUGGCUCCUCCACGGCCUUAUGCUCACCGUCAACAUCCGGGAGGUCUGCGUUCUCUUGGCGCCCUUCUUCGCUUCCAACACCGCAAUGGUCGCUUAUUUCUUCGGGAAGGAGCUCAAGGACUCGUCCACCGGUCUUAUAGCAGCAGCGUUCAUGGCGGUCUGCCCCGGUUACAUCUCCCGCUCGGUGGCGGGGUCGUUUGACAACGAGGGGGUCGCAAUCUUUGCGCUUCUGCUGACAUUCUACCUGUUUGUAAAAGCGGUGAAGACGGGGUCGCUGGCGUGGGCCGUAGCGGCGGCGUUUGGGUACUUCUACAUGGUGUCCGCAUGGGGGGGCUACAUCUUCAUCACGAAUCUGCUGCCAAUCUACGUGCUGAUCCUGCUGGUGUCGGGAAGGUACAACAUCCGCACAUACAUCGCGUACUGCACGUGGUACCUCAUGGGCACACUGCUCGCGAUGCAGAUCAGCUUUGUCGGUUUCCAGCACGUGCAGUCAGGGGAGCACAUGGCGGCGCUCGGGGUCUUCUUGCUGCUGCAGCUCGUCCAAUUCACCAUCUGGCUCCGCUCCCAGUUCCCUGACCCUAAGCAGUUCCAGGCCCUCCUGCGGUUGACCCUAACCCUGGGUUUAGGCCUGGCUGGCACAGCUGCCGUUGUCGGGUUAGCCACGGGUUACAUCUCCCCCUGGACGGGCCGCUUCUACUCGCUGCUAGACCCGACGUACGCGAAAGCGAACAUCCCAAUCAUUGCGUCCGUGUCGGAGCACCAGCCGACCACGUGGUCCUCCUUCUUCUUCGACUACCACCUGCUCAUGCUGCUCUUCCCCGCCGGCAUGUACUACCUCUUCAAGGACCUCUCCGAUGCCGCCAUCUUCAUCCUCGCGUACUCGCUGACGUCACUCUACUUCGCUGGCGUCAUGGUGCGGCUCAUCCUGGUUGCGACGCCCGCCGUGUGCCUCGUUGCGGCGGUGGCGGUGUCGUCGCUGCUCAAAAAGUAUGCGGCCAUGGCGUGGGAGAAGGCGCCAGAAGAGAGCGGCGCGGGGAAAGCUCCGCUGAGCAGGAAGGCGUCUGCCAAGGCGGAAGCAAAGGGCCUGCCGUCCCAGAACCUGAUCGCCACCGCUUCGCUCGCCGCCAUCGGAUACUUCCUCAUCGCGUUCGCGUCCCAUAGCAUAUGGGUCACGAGCGAGGCGUACAGCUCCCCCUCCAUCGUGUUGGCCGCACGGGGCGCCUCCGGCCAACGCAUCAUGUUCGACGACUUUCGGGAAGCCUACUCGUGGCUGCACUACAACACGCCACGUGGAACCAAGGUCAUGAGCUGGUGGGACUACGGUUACCAGAUAACCGCGAUGGCCAACCGUACGGUCAUCGUCGACAACAACACGUGGAACAACACCCACAUCGCCACCGUCGGGCGCGCGAUGGCGAGCUCCGAAGCGGACGCUUACGAGAUCAUGACGUCACUCGACGUGGACUACGUUCUGGUGGUUUUCGGGGGGAUCACGGGUUACUCGAGCGAUGACAUCAACAAGUUUUUGUGGAUGGUUCGAAUCGGGGGGGGCGUUUACCCGGUGAUUCAGGAGAGCGAUUACCUGACGGAGGGGGGGGAGUAUACGGUGGGACAGGGGGCAGCGCCCAAGAUGCUCGACAGCCUCAUGUACAAGAUGUGUUACUACCGCUUUGGCGAGCUGCAAACGGAGUACAAUCGACCAGCCGGGUACGAUCGAGCCCGAGGGUACGAGAUUGGAAACAAGCACUUCGAUCUGGAGUAUAUAGAGGAGGCCUUCACCAGCUCGAACUGGAUUGUGAGGAUCUACAAAGUGAAGCCGCCAGACAACCGGUGGUAGACAAGGAAGCAGUCUUUUGUCUAGUCGGCCGCUGCCCUUGUCAAAGUGCUUGAGUGAAGUCGCGACGAGUGCGCUUGCAGUUUUGAAAAUGCUCGAUGAUCCCAAGUCUGUGUCGAGGUCCUCAUCCGACACAAGAUUUUGAAGACGGAAGCUUUACAGAGUUUUUUUGAUUCUCAUUCAUUAGUAC